AUGAUCUCUGGCAAGGCCACCUGCUCCUGCCUCUCCAGGGUUACCCUUCGAGGCUCCGUCUGUAUUGAUCUUCAACGUGCCGACAGGGGUGGUGGUCCAUCUGAUAAUCUGCAUACGAGGGCGAUUCUGGCGACGAUGGGGAAGGAAGGGGAGAGAAGGUGGCUCAAUAGAGGGGCUGGAGAACAGGAGGACUCCUCUAGGGUGGGGAAGACGAUAAUAGAGUCAAUCAUGUGGGAAGGGAGAAGGACGAGUGUGUUCUCCAUAGACGAUGGAAAGCAUGAAGGGAGUGGGGGAAAGAGGAGAAGAAACUUUCACGUGGAGGAGUUGACGGGAGGAGUGAAGAAUUUGAAUUUGGCAAUUAUGGUCACAGAAGAGCCAAAUGUGAUUGCUGGUAUUUUGGACAACUUGAUGGAGAUUGAAUAA